AUGAUUUUUGAUUUUGAUUAAGAAGCUAUUUCACAAAGAAAAAAUAAGCUAAAGAUCUUGUUAAAUAAGAAUAAUAAGAAGCAGAGAAUUAUUUGUUAUAAUUAGCAUUAAAUAAUAAAAUAGGUAUUUGAGUAGCCCAAAAGAGUUUUUUCAUAUUCUCGAUCUAUACGCCAUUUUUAAGAAAUCAUGUCAAAAACAGGAUCUAUAAGUUUGAAUAAAAAAGCAAUUACAUUAUUUUUAAAAAGAGAUGAAAACACAGAAAAAAAGCCAUAUGAUGAGAUUUUGAAAGUUACAAACUCAAAGUUAGUGUAGACAGAUAACAUAAUUUAAGAUGAUUAUGGAUAUAAAACAGAACGAAAUUAAUUGUAUAGAUAGCAAUCUCCUUAUAUAAAAUAAAGAAAAUUCAGUUAACAUCUUCAUAUAAAAGAUAAGAUACCAAAAAUGCCAUAUAUUUAGCAUUCAACUGAGAGUUAGGUUGUUUAAUAGUAAUAAAAAAAUAGAAGCUUAAAAAAACAUACUUUUCAGAAUGAAAUUUUAUAGCAAAAAGUGAAUUAAAUUACAAGUAUGAAAGAUUAAGAGCAAUUAACUAGUAAGAGUAGAUAGAAAUAAAUUGAGCUUUAUUCGAAUGAUAAUAUAUUUACAACAAUAACUCAUAGAUAUUGA